AUGAUCGGAGCUACUUCCACUCCUGCAUGGGCACAGUUUCUGCUGACAGAGGUCGCACACGGCCUGGACGCCUUCAAUCUGGAGACGACGGCGACUGUGAAGGAUGACGGAAACUUCGAUUUACAUACUCCCAAUCCAGGCGCAGCAAAAUACAUGCCUCCUACGCUUCCGUUCGGUGGCGUUCCGCGUGUGGGUGUUGUAAUGGCUAGACUGGUGGUCAACGGAGUCGACAAAGGCAUUCGCCCUUUCGUAGUUGCGCUGAAUGAUGGCAAAGAGAUGUGUAAAGGGGUAACAGCUCGAGAACUCCCGAGCAAGAGUGGCUGCAGAGCCGUCGGCCAUGCCAUCACAUCCUUCGACCACGUCGCAAUUCCGCCCUCAGCACUCUUGGGGAAGUGGACACGGACGCAACUCCGAGGGAUCUCUACCUUAGGACCCUCUGGAGGCUUUAUCUUGCACUCUUUGGCCCAGGGCUUUGUACUCGAGGCUCUCUACAGACGCACAGCGGCCUGGGUUUCUGCUACACCGGUCGAAAAUGUCAACUUCCGGAAUGCGAUAUGCGCUAUCGUGAAGGCGACCAUGAUAGGACACUGGCGGAGAACAGGCGUAAAUGUCGCAGAUCGCUGUAGCGCACAGGAAAUUUUCGAUUACAACCAAUUCAUGCACGUGGAGUCGGAGCUUCGUGGUGUUGCCAUCGCAGAGGGCGACGUGCUCGUCCUAGGUCUCCGGCUAGCCCCUGAACUCUCGUUGGCCGCGAUUCUGGCGGCCGUGCGCGGAGAGUACCGCGGCGCACGCGCGAACGAGCUUCUUCUCCCGCGCUGCUUGCCGUUCGUCGAGGCUAUCGGGCACCGCAUGGAAUUCGAGGCCGCGACAAACGCGGGCGUUUCCGCGCCACUCGUGUGCCUCUACGAGCUCGGCGCCGUAGGCGCGGGUCUUGCAGCCUACGUCGAGGCUUCCGGCGUUGAGAAGUAUGCUGUGGGCGCCAUUGUCUCGCAAGAGGCAUGGGACGCGUUUGUUGGGUCUCUGGACGUCUACCGAGGGAGCUCUUCGUAUGCGCCUUUCGUUGACAUCAAGGCCCGUCUGUGA